AUGGCUACGUUCAAACAGCUGGUUCGAUUCGCCGUCGGUGAUCAGACACACUAUGGUGAGCUGAUCAACACCGACGGCAAUAAGUACACGGUGCAGCAGUUCGAUGGUACUCCCUUCGACAAGUUGCUUUUGACAGACAAAACAUACACCGUGACUGAUCUUCUACCGCCCGUCCCGAAUACUCCCCUGGUUAUCUGUAUCGGUCUCAACUACAAACAACACGCGAAGGAGGCCAGUUUGGAUGUACCGACCUACCCUCCAGUCUUCACCAAACCCGCCGAUGUCCUCGCGGGACCCUUUGAAACCAUUCCCAUCCACCGUGACGCCCAAUCCCACCUCGACUACGAGGGCGAAUUAACUGUCGUUAUCGGCAAAGAUGCAAAGAAUGUCUCUGCAGAGGACGCUCUCGACUAUGUUCUCGGAUACACCGCGGGAAAUGAUCUCUCGGCGCGCAACUUCCAGAUGCCGGAGGCGUCGGGGGGUCAAUUCUGCUACGCCAAGUCAUUCGAUAAAUUUGCUCCCAUUGGACAUGUCCUUGUUAGCGCGCAGGAGGUGCAAGACCCGCAGCAGCUGAGCCUGGUCACCAAGGUGAAUGGAGUGGUCAAACAGACCACCAAUACCAGUGAUAUGAUUUGGGGUGUGCGCGACAUCGUUAGUCAUCUGUCCCGCGGAAUGACCCUGAGGAAGGGCACCCUCAUCAUGACUGGCACCCCGUCGGGAGUGGGCUUUUUCCGGAAGGAAUUCUUGCAGGAUGGAGAUGUGGUGGAGGUCGAGUUGGGAGUCAGAGAACCGGGAGUUAUAGAUUUUAUAUUAUUCUAUUUUAGUCGACAGGCAUUUCCAUCAUGGUUGCAUCCGGAGUCCAGGCAUAUGUGCAUCAGGCUGGUGUUUCGGGGUGCGCUGGUCGGCAAGGAAUUACGUUACUCAGUAAUGGUCGGCAAGGCUUCAGUGUUGGGACAACACCCGAAUGGAAUGGGGCGGCAAUGGUCACGGAUAGCCUACCGCUUUCUACCCGCAGACAGACAGUAUAUGGAUGCGGGGACUAAGUCCUCCACUACCAACCUCGGCACGGACUCAUGA